AUGGCGAAGCUUCCAAAGCCGCCAAAGGCCUUUUCCGCAAAACCAGCCGCAUUGCCUACGCAGCGGACCUUGCCACUGCCCUUGCAACAACAACGCAUACAACAGCAGCAGCAAUGGCAACAACAACAACAACAGCAGCAAAGACAGCCACAGCGCCCAGCUGUCGAGCCAUUGCUACACCGGCCCGAGCGCACGCCACAAGAAAACAUUAGGAAAGCCUGGGAGGCGCGACCCAGACUCUCAGACCUGCAGAAACUCUCUGACGAAGAAAUCAACUCAGCACAUCACCAGGCCAAGGUGAACAAAUGGCGGCAACGAGCUUUCUUUGGCGUCAGCCUCGCUGCCUUUGGGCUGGGCAUGUAUGGCGUCAUGCUCUAUGUCUCGUUGAAUACUGAAGUUCCUGUCGUGGACCUCGCUGAGGAUCUCUCUGACAGGUUCGACAAGGAAGCCGAUGGCUACGACGAGAAGGUCAGCCUGGCGGAAAAAACGAUGCUCCUCAACUGGAGACGCAAGAAGCUCACGCAAAUGGCGAGGGGACAUGUGCUGGAGGUGGCAGUCGGUACAGGCAGGAACAUUCCGUACUACAACACAAAGCACUGCGCAACGGUCACCUUGCUCGACCAAAGCGGGCCUAUGCUCGCUGUUGCGAAGCGCAAAUGGAAUGAUACACACAAGGAGUACUUUAGCCGCACCUUCUUCAAGCAGCAAUCCGCACUCGACCCCAUCAUACCACCUUGGGACGCCCAACAAGGUUAUGAUACAGUGAUACAGACCAUGGGUCUCUGCUCGACGCCAGAACCCGUGAAGCUGCUCCAAAACAUUGAAGCGUCUACAAACGAAGACGGGCAGAUACUGCUACUAGAGCACGGCAAGUCGCAUUACGAUUGGCUGAACAAGAUACUGGACAAGACAGCGCCUGCACACGCGAAUGAACAUGGCUGUUGGUGGAACAAGGACAUUGGGCAGAUUGUCGAGGAGAGCGGGUUAGAGGUCGUAAACAUGAAGCGAUACAACCUGGGCACCACGUGGUGGCUCGUGUUGAAGCCGCGCAAGGGCAUGCGGAAAAAGCUCGCCGACAAAGUGGCAGCCGCAGUCGAGCAGUCGGCUGGGGCACAGGCUACGCAGCCCGAGGGGACUGUCACACAAUCAAAGUCGUGGUGGCCGUUCUGGCGAUGA